GGAAGUGAAGCAGAGAAUGGCUCCCAGGGUCUCCAGUCAUCCAUUUCCACAAGUUCCUCCCUCCGUCUCCUUCUCCGGAUCGGGCUUCAUGGCCACCUACCAGCUGGGUGCAGCUCAGUGUCUGCUGAAUAAUGUGCCCUGGAUGUUACACACGGCACCAUUUGUUCUUGGGGCAUCAGCCGGGUCUCUGGUGGCGGCCUCGGUGGUCUGUGAAGUGAACCUUGUCCACAUUCGGGAUGAGAUACUUCGCUUCAUCAGUAAGAUGACGACUUUCACACUCGGGCCCCUGAACCCCUCCAUCAAUGUCUUCCACUGGUUGGAGUUUGUUCUCCGGAAACAUCUUCCCGCCAACGCACACCUGCUGGCCAACGGACGCCUCGCCGUGGCCAUGACCAGUUUGCCCGACGGAAAGAACAAAGUCAUGUCUGAGUUUCGGUCCAAAGAGGACGUGAUCCAGGCGCUGUUGUGCAGCUGCUUUGUGCCGGGCUAUUGUGGUGUUGUCCCGCCGUCCUUCAAAGGAGUUCAUUACUUUGACGGGGGUUUCACCAGCAUGACGCCGGUACUGCCGGCCACCUCCAGCCGCACCUUGACGGUGUCUCCGUUCUCCGGUGAGAUGGACAUCUGUCCACGGGACACCCCCUCCAUCUGUGACAUGAUCGUGAGCGGAUCGCAGCUAAAAGUCAACGUGGCCAACAGCCUCCGGAUCGUCAACGCUCUGUACCCGCUGGCUUCAGAGACCUUGGAACAGGCCUACCACAGUGGGUACAAAGAUGCCAUUUACUUCCUCCAAACAAGCGACCACAUCCCCUAUCUCAGAGACAAGGUGACCUUAGAGACACACAGCUGUUGUCAGAUGAAGAAGUGGAUAAAUCCAGAGGCCUCGUAUGAGGAGAAAGACGAGAAAGUGUGGAGGGCUGAGCAGCGGGAGGAAGACCAGGGGAAAGAGGACACUGGGUUGACAUCCCGCAAAGAUGCCAAACACCUCACGUCCAGCGACUCCUGUGAAAACACACUUCCCACCACAGAACCCAACCUCCUUUUUGAGCUGAUACAGAGAGCUCUGCUGUGUAACCUGGUGGGCUACAUCAGCAUGUUUGCGUUUCCUCUGAGUGUUUUAUCCUACCUGGUGCUGCCCUUCACCCUGCCCGUCUGCUUCAUCCUACAGGACACUCACAGCAUGAGGGACGAGCUGAGUCAGGCGUCUGUCCUGCUCCGCUGGCUGUGGCUCUCUCUGAGACAGAUAAACCUCUUCAUGAUGAGCGUGUUCAUCUGCAGUGUCUUGAACAUGAGGAGUAGAAGAGGAGUUCCCCUCGGCUCCCCCCAGAGGGUGAACUCCAUGGUCAUCCUGACGCGGCGGUUAAACAUCGAGGCAGAUUACGAAGUCCCAAAUCGGAAACAACAAGGCUAG